AAAUGGGGAAUUCCGAAAGCCAGUACAGUCUUCAAGGAACAAAAAAUCAUGCUGCUGCAAAAUCAAGUGCCAAGCAGAAGCCUUGCUCUCUCAAAAUCCGCAGUAUCCAUGCUAAAGAUGAGAAGUCCAGUUCCUCCCAUGGGUGGGGUCAUAACAUCAAUGGUGCAAAUUACAAAUCCCGAUCACUAGCCAGAAACUGUCUUUCACAUUUCAAGAAUGCUCAGCCUUAUUCUUCUAGACUCGGAGACACAGAGGUGAAAGUUUCUAAGAACAGCCUGCACAACAAACAUCGAACCCAAACCUCAGGGAACUAUAGCCAAGGGAGUAAUAACGCUGCAUUUUUGCCGGAGAAUGGUUUUCACUAUAUUGACUUUGAAGCAAAAAGCAACCACGUUGCAUCCAGAGAAUGUAACGGGCACUUCUUAAAUUGCUAUGGGAAGAAUGAAAGCCUAGCAUCAACUCCGCCAUCAGAUGAUCGAAUGAGCCCGAAGGUCCUCAUUAAGACACUGGGGAAGCUGGAUGGGUGCUUGAGGGUGGAAUUUCAUAACAGUAGCAGCAAUAGCACUGUCUCCAGAGAGGAAUCUAAUGGACCAGUACAGCUGUUACGGUACUCACCAACUGAGUCUGAAAGGCAUAACCUGCUUGAAGUGAAGGAUAGUUCUAGUACAGAUUAUGCUGGAAGCCAUUGCCUGUCAGCCUCUGACUCAAGACUUAGAUCCAGUAAAGGGAGCUCUAUUAGCUCCGAGUCUUCAUGGUAUGAUGCUCCAUGGGGCAAUAAUGGAGAGAUGAAUGAACUGGAGGGGCCAUACAUAUCCAGGAGCACCCCGGAUACAAGUAUUCAAGUCAGUUUUCCCCAGAGUGACUGCAAGAAACUCUUAAACCAAAGUUCAUCUCUCUCUUCUCUCCGUGAUAUAUAUCAAGAUACAGGUCUUAGAAACUGUCAAAUAUCUGAAAUUGGGCUUUCUGCAGAUUACAUCAAUACUCAUGCCAGUUUAAGCAACCGUGUUUCAUUUGCCUCUGACAUAGAUGUUCCUUCCAAAGUAGACCACAGAGCACCUCCACAGUACUCUUCCUAUACUCUUCCAUGUAGGAAAUCUGUAGCUCUUAAUGAUGAUGCAACCAAGAAAGAAACGUUAAAAAGCCGAAUGCGUCGGAUCAGUGACUGGACAGGAAGCCUAUCAAGAAAGAAAAGAAAGCUUCAGGAGCCGAAAUGCAAAGAUUCAGGCGAGUACUUUGACGUUGGAAUUGAGAGUUUUCCUCCUGAGUCUCUUUCCCCUUCCCCAUUCUCGGCUUCUCUGUGGUCACCAAGCUCUGGCCAGAUUUUCCCCCAGAGAAGUGAAUCUGCCAGUGCGAUCAGCAGCGAUGUCCUGAGACAGAACAUUUAUGAGAACUUCAUGCGGGAGCUUGACCUGAGCAAGACCAACAUUGAGCACCCAGACACUUCGACAGAAACGGAGGAUUCGAGCAGCGAAUCGCUGAGCUCCCUGGAACAGUUGGAUCUGCUGUACGAGAAAGAGCAAGGAGUGGUCCGCAAAGCUGGAUGGCUGUUCUUCAAACCUCUUGUGACCUUACAGAAAGAAAAGAAGCUUGAGCUGGUCACCCGGAGAAAAUGGAAACAAUACUGGGUAACACUAAAAGGAUGCACCUUGCUGUUUUACGAGACUUACGGGAAGAAUUCCAUGGAGCAGAACAGCUCACCUCGAUAUGCUCUGUUUGCAGAAGACAGUAUAGUGCAGUCUUGCCCAGAACACCCCAAGAAGGAGAAUGUUUUCUGUCUAAGCAAUUCUUUUGGAGAUGUCUACCUGUUCCAGGCUACAAGCCAGACCGACCUCGAAAACUGGGUUACAGCAAUACACUCUGCUUCUGCUUCUCUCUUUGCUAAGAAACUUGGGAAAGAGGAUACAGUUAGACUUCUGAAAAAUCAGACCAAGAGCCUCAUCCAGAAGAUUGACAUGGAUAGUAAGAUGAAAAAGAUGGCGGAGCUACAACUCUCUAUUGUUAGUGAUCCAAAGAACAGGAAAGCCAUUGAGAACCAGAUCCAGCAAUGGGAGCAGAAUCUGGAGAAAUUUAAUAUGGAUCUCUUCCGGAUGCGCUGUUACGUAGCCAGCCUGCAAGGUGGAGAGUUACCCAAUCCAAAGAGCCUUCUGGCUGCUGCAGGUCGCCCUUCAAAAAUGGCCCUAGGAAGGCUUGGCAUCUUCUCAGUCUCCUCCUUUCAUGCAUUGGUCUGUUCCAGGGAUGAGGCUGCUCUUAGGAAGCGAACGCUGUCUCUGUCCCAGAGAGUGUGGAGUAAGAAGGGUUUGUUUUCCUCCCUGAAGGGUCUGGACACCCUGGCAAGAAAGGCAAAGGAGAAAAGGCCAUCGAUAACACAGAUUUUUGACUCAGCUGGUGGUCAUGACUUUACUGGAACUCAGCUACCUCAAAAUUCCAGUAAUUCUGCUGAGCAGAAAGUAGAUGAAUUUCUAAACGUGUACUACUCGAUGCCAGAGAAUACCGUAAAAGAAAAUACCUGGGACAUCCAAACAUGUGUUCAUUUUCCUGAUGGUCAAGGCCUAAUGUUAACUCUCAAGCCAGAAGACAGAGUAGAGGAUGUUUUGGCUUUGGCAUGCAAGAUUAAGCAGCUGGAACCAAGACAUUAUGGCUUACGACUUAGAAGGCUUAUUGGUGAAAAUGUUGAACACUAUACUCCUGAAGCGUAUGAAUACAUACAAGACCAGAUAUAUGACGAAAUAGAAAUCAUCCCUUUAAGUGUCUACCAUGUGCAUCUUACUAAAAAUGAAGGUGUAACUGAUUUUGGAUUUGCAGUCACUGCACAAGUUGAUGAACACCAACAUCUAACCCAGAUAUUUGUAAGCGAUGUUCUUCCUGAUGGGAUGGCUUACAAAGAAGGGUUACGUGUGGGCAAUGAAAUCUUGAUUAUAAAUGGAGAAUCUGUAACUGACCUUGACCUUAGACAGAUGGAGUUAUUCUUCUCUGAGAAAAGUGUAACGCUCACUUUGAGUACAAGUCACAACAGCAAUAAAAGUGCAUCAUGUACCUCGUGGACGGAUGGUGAUAUUUCCAAGGAAGCAAGAAACUUGUUGCCCCCUCCAAACCAGUCACAACUCCUGGAGGAAUUUUUGGAUAACUUCAAAAAGAAUACCACAAAUGAUUUCAGCAAUGUACCUGAUGUUGCCACAAAUCUGAAACAGAGCAGUACGGAUAGCAUUCUGGAUCAGGUUCCACAAAAGGAGAGAAUGGAGUUACCUUUCAGGAGCACCGAACAGAUUUCAGCAUUGUGCCCAAAUUUCCAUGAAGCCCAGGUAAACAGUAUGGAAGGAAUAAAGGAAGGGCCUCCUUUAAAACCAUUGGCACGACAACUUACAGAUGCGGACAGACUUAGGAAGGUGAUCCAAGAACUUAUGGACACUGAGAAAUCAUAUGUAAAGGAUCUGAGUUGCCUCUUUGAAUUAUACUUGGAGCCUCUUCAGAGUGAAACCUUUCUCACACAGGAUGAGAUGGAGUCUUUGUUUGGCAGCCUGCCCGAGAUGUUGGAUUUUCAGAAGGUGUUUUUAGAGACCCUUGAAGAUGGAAUUUCUUCCUGCCUGGAUUUUAAUAACCUUGAAACCCCUUCUCAGUUCCGGAAGCUGCUAUUCUCCCUGGGAGGUUCUUUCCUGUAUUAUGCUGAUCACUUCAAACUGUACAGUGGAUUCUGUGCAAACCACAUAAAAGUCCAGAAAGUUCUUGAAAGAGCUAAAACAGAUAAAGCCUUUAAGGCGUUUUUGGAUGCUCGCAAUCCUGCAAAGCAGCAUUCUUCCACACUGGAGUCCUUCCUCAUCAAGCCAGUUCAGAGAGUGCUGAAGUACCCACUGCUCCUGAAAGAGCUGGUGUCUCUGACGGACACUGAGAGCGAGGAACAUUACCACCUCACAGAGGCACUGAAAGCAAUGGAAAAAGUGGCCAGCCACAUCAAUGAAAUGCAGAAAAUUUAUGAAGAUUAUGGUGCAGUGUUUGACCAACUGGUGGCAGAUCAGAAUGGAAUUGAGAAGGAGGUUACAGAGCUCUCAAUGGGAGAACUUCUUAUGCACUCUACUGUUUCGUGGCUGAAUCCAUUCCCAUCCCUAGGAAAAAUGAGAAAGGAUUUGGAACUCACAGUGUUUGUGUUCAAAAGAGCUGUCAUACUAGUAUAUAAAGAGAACUGCAAACUGAAAAAGAAGUUGCCAACUAAUGUCCGUACUACACAUAAUCAUGGUGACUUGGAUUCAUUCAAAUUUCGCUGGCUGAUUCCUUUAUCUGCUCUUCAAGUCAGACUGGGGAAUACAGCAGGAACAGAAAACAACUGCAUCUGGGAAAUGAUUCAUACUAAAUCAGAAUUAGAAGGAAGACCUGAAACAACCUUUCAGCUGUGUAGCAGCGACUGUGAAAGCAAGACCAAUAUAGUCAAAGUGAUUCGUUCAAUACUAAGAGAGAAUUUCAGGCGCCAAAUAAAAUGUGACUUGCCUUUGGAGAAAACGUGUAAGGGUCGGCUGCUUCUGCAUAAGAAUCGAAUUCCUGUUUCAGCAAAACUGGCUUCCUCAAGAUCCUUGAAGCUUCUGAAGAACUCUCCCAGUAAUGAAUGGAGUGCUGAGGCUGGCAAAGGCAAUUCACUGGAUUCCGAUGAAUGCAGCCUCAGCAGCAGUACUCAGAGUAGCAGCUGCCACACUACAGACAGCAUCCUGGAGUCAAAAAAUUCAUCUCCUGUGAAACACCUGCAGAACUGUGCAUCUGAUUUUUCAAACAGCCCUGUCAAGGAGUCUGACAUUCUAAGUGACGAUGAAGAUGACUACCAGCAUGUUCUGAAGAAAAGCAGCCCCACAAAGGACAUAGAAAUCCAAUUCAAGCGCCUGAAAAUUUCUGCAAAUGCCAGUGAACUCACUGGGGAAAUGCAUCCUCUUGAGAGAGAUGAUGGGCAUGGGGCAGGAGAACAUCCUAAGCUAGUGCGUGCCCACUUUUGUCCCAUUAAACGGAAGGUGAACAGUACUAGACGUGACAGAGGAACUUUGCUGACCAUGCAAGAGCAUCAUCAGUCACUUGACAGUCAUCCUGAUACUUCAAGUUUUGAUCUUAAUUCAGUUUUAGAAAGGGAAUUUAGUGUACAAAGCUUAACUUCAGUAGUUAAUGAAGACUGCUUUUAUGAAACUGUGGACAGGCAGGGAAAGUCCUAAUUUACCGAGGCAGAUUUUUCCUCCCACAAGAUUUC